AUUGUGAUAUCACUUUUUUUCUCGUCAUUUGUAUCCUCCGUGAGAUUGUUAUAUUUUACCUUCUCUCUGUUCUACGGCAUCGGAACCUGCAUGUGCACGGCACCAACAAUGACUAUAACACCCGAGUAUUUCGACAAGUAUAUGAGUAUAGCUACGGGGAUAACAGUUUCUGGCAGUAGCUUUGGAACGCUGAUCAUGGGACCGCUUUCACAGUUUAUCAUAGACAAAGCGGGCUGGAGGACGGCGUUCCGUGUAUACGCCGGGCUUAUCGUCAUCACGAUUUUGCUCAACUCGAGAAUCAGGGCGCCCCCGACUGUUACCAAGCGAAAGCUUGAGGGUCGUAGCUUCAUUAAAGACCUUGAGAUCUGGAAGAAUAGGGUGUUUGUAGUUUGGACAAUUGCAAUAACGCUGGUCAUGUUUGGUUUCUACAUACCCUAUGUACAUUUGGUUUCAUACGCGGUCGAUCAAGGUAUUUCACCAGACUCAGCAUCCUUUCUAAUGAUGAUUCUUGGAGCAACUACGGCAGUAGGCCGUAUCAUGUUCGGAAAAAUUGUGCAGCUCGGAAUACUGAAACGUCUUCAUAUGCAUCAGUUGUCUAUGGUUGUCACUGGCACGGGGGUAAUGAUGUUACCACUCAUUACAUCUUACACAGGGAUAGUUCUAUACGUUAUAACGGUAGGGCUUGUUGAUGGGUGUUUUGUGGUACUUCUACCAAUUAUGACCGCAUCACUGAUAGGAAUAGAAAAGAGUGUGGUAGCCUGGGGAUUCCUGAUAGGGACAUGCUCGAUUACAUUCACACUGGGUCCUCCAGUUGCAGGGGCUCUGUACGAUUUAACAGGUUCGUACAACAUUGCGUUUCAUUGUGCUGGAAUACCAAUCGUGCUGGGGUCCGUUAUACUGUUUCUUAUCCCAUGGGCUCAGCGUACAUCUAAAGGAACAUAUGGUCUAGGUGCCCUUACUGAAAUCACGUUACAAGCCUCCAGUCAAGAUGGCCCGAGUAGUGUAUUCCGUACAGAUAGCGGAGGUACCAUUUGUGGAGAUGAAAAAAUCGUGAAAUCCGUGCACAUAGGCUCAAUAAAUGCAGCUGUACAGACGGUGAUCUCUACCCCAGUCAGCACGAUGUAUUAUUCAGAUAAGUCAACAUCUACAGAUGAUGUAUCAAUAAACAAGAUAUCUUUUGAUUUGUCUGAUGCUGUCUCACAACUCAGUUACAAUAGUCCUGUAUUUGAUGAUAGAUUGCUUCAAUCUUUGAGUAGUGGUCAAAGCCAGCGAGCCUCUUCAAAUGAUUCAAAUGAGAUACCAAAGAUCCCUCCUCCAUCUGAACAAGCCCAUCAUCAUCGUCAUACAAGAGACAGACAUGACAUGAUGGGCGCGUCUGUCAAACCAAUCAAAAGUGAAAUUAAUGAGAUCCUCGACGAACAUGGACAUCCCCACAACAUAAUAAUAUCCGGUUCUAUGACAUCAGAGCAGAGUUUCACUCAUUCAUUGUCUACUUCAGAACAUUUUGAAAGAAGCUCGUCAUUUCGGCAAAUGGAUGGUAAUUCCGUUUACUUAGAUCAAAAUAUUCUUCAAGCUGGAGCCAUCUCUUCACAUUCAAUUCUCUCAGAUUCUAUAAAUAGCUCUGUUCCAUCCUCAAGUCAUUUAUUUCCAUUGCCGGUUGAUCCGCUAAAACCUACAAGAGCAAAACAACCGAGCCCAAGACAAGGCUCAGUGUGUAGCAACCAGUCGGUCGCAGACGAUAAUAUCUCUAAAAAACCCAGUAACUUUGAUCAGACAAUUUCAGACCAGGUUAACAUGCUAAGAGACACUUUAAAAAGUCCUUCUCCAGGUUCAAGUAAAAUGGAAGAAGCAGAACUCGAAUUUAAUCUUGUGGCGGGUAGUCCAAGGCCAGAGGAUCUUUCAACUUCAGAAAAAUGUUUGUCCCCUUCUUUGAAAAAGCCACAAGCAAUAGCCGGGCCAUCAAACCCAUUCCUAGAGGCAGAAACUGCCCGGUCUGGAAGUGCAACAAUCCAGCUUAUUGAGGAAGCCAUGCAAGCAAAUGACAUCAAAGAAAGUGACAGUUCUGAACAUUCAUAUGCAAGCAGUACACAAAUGAACAGUGACACAUUUAACAGUGAUAAUCAAUUAACAGUUAUACCUGCUAAGAAUCCAUUCACAACACACAAAUCUAGCCAGAGUCGUUCAAAACUUGCAGAAUUAUUUAAACCAAUCGCUGAAGAUGACAUUGUUCAGAAGAAAGCAUCGUAUGAAGUGCUUGAUACAGAGUCUGGAGAUCAGGUUCAAGAAACCUCUAGUCAAACUGGUGAGUUGGACGUGUUCACUCAUUUAUUUCAAGAUGAAGAAACACAAUAGAAGAUAUGUAACGGAGUUGAGCAAAGAAGCCAAAGGUAGAACAAAGAAGCCCAAUAAGAGCCUGGAAAACUGGAAGCACAUGUGAAAGAGACACAAUCUACAAAGUUCACAAUGCUCUAGGAAUUAACCAUGAAAACAAUAAUUGUUUCAUCUAUAGUCGAUAAAAAAGUAUUCUAGAUUAUGUAUAUGUAUUUUGUUUAGCGCUGAUUUCUCACAUGUGCAGCAUAUGAUUUCUCACAUCAUACUUCCAAUACUGGUACUUUGAUAUAGCUAUUUCUCAGCAUUAUGACUGAUUAGUGGUGGGACACCAGGGUCUUACAAAAAGACCCUAUGGAACACUUACAAAUAUAAUGUUUGGAAAACGGAAAUGCAAAAAAAAAAAAAACUCA